AUGGGGUUCACCGACGAGGCAGACCGAAGCGCCAUCCUCGCAGCUGUGAAGAAGAUUAAAGCUGAGCUGCCCUCCGGCGCUCUGCGUCUCUUCUACUCGAAUGAGCCGAACCUGUACCAGAUCGACCACAAGGAGACGCCGAUGCACCACUCCAGCGUCUCCCGCCCCAAGCUCGGUGAGCGGGGGCACCCGUCUUCGGUCGAUGGCCACCGCCCCGAGGACACGCGAUCGGUGGCGGAGCUGCUGUCGUUCAUCAAUGGGGCCGACUUGCCCCUAGCGGCGUCGAAACACUUCGGCCCAUCCACGCACUCUGCCGGCACCAACGCCUUCACCCGAAGCCCCCUCCACAGCUUUCCAUCCUCUCCCUUAUUUGGCAUGGCCGGGUCGUCGGCAGCCUCGACCUUCUCGUCGUCGUCCUUCAACUACUCUCCGCCGUCGUCUUCGUCGCUGUCGGCCACCGAACACUCGGCGUGCUGCACGACGACGUCGGCAAGGGCUGCGAAGAAGGCCAGACACCGCGCGCGACGAAAGGCUGUCGCCGCCACCAGGUUGCCACAAAGCUUCAUCAAGAAGUCGCCCAAGACCAAGCCGCCGCCGCCGCCGCCGACAACUGCGGCCAAGAAGAACAAGCAGUCGGCUACCAGCAAGAGUACUACGGCUCCGAGCACGACGGCAAGAGCGGCGCCAUCAACGAAGAAGAGGAACAAGACGUCGAAGGCCGUGGACGUUGUGGUGGCGGAGGUGUUGGACCCGGCGCUAGAGGAGCAGCUCGACCGGGAGGUGGAGGAGUUCCGGCAGCGCCUCGAAUUGCACAGCGCGGCGCUCGACGUCGUCCAGCGGCGGCCAGUCCGCGCCACCCCGUACCACUUCAACCCGCAUCAGCUCAACAUCAAGACGUCGGCCGAGUGA